GAGAUAAACAGUGGAAAGUUGAAGAUGAGAUAUAUGGGGAAGUAGUCGAGUCGGAAAGCAUAGAUUGGGUUGUGCCUCUCACUUUACAACCGAUUACAUCGAGAUGAACAAACAGCUACCAAAAGUGUCUCAAGGCCGCAAUCUUGUGCUUGCCGCUCUCUCUGUCUGUCUCUCCACAACGAGGGUAUCCUGGCAAAGCAAAGCAUACAGCUCAUCUAUGUAUGUCUCGCUCUCCUGCAUUUCCAUAUUCUGCAAAACCAAGAAAAGCAGAAAGCGGGGGAGAUUGUUAGAUUUUCAACCAAAACUGCUACUGUUUUUUAAAGCAACAAAGUGAAAGCGAAAAAAAAGCUCUCUCAUUCCCAGGGGUGAGAGAGAUGGGGACCCAAUAAAGAAAGGAAAAGUUUUGAGAAUAAAGUACUUGAACAAAAUCACAAAAAGAGCAGAAUGGUGGGGAAUCUUUCUUCGUCUUCCACUGUGCAGGCGAUCCCACAGCGACACCUCUGUCCAUCCAUUCUACUCCUUUUCAUGCUCUUUUUCUUUUCGUUUUGCCUCUCUCUCUCUCUCUCUCUCUCUCUCUCUCUCUCUCUCUCUCUCAUUCUACUCCUUUUCAUGCUCUUUAUCUUUUCAUUUUGCCUCUCUCUCUCCUUCUCUCUCUCUCUCUCAAACACACAUACGGACAAAGUUGGAUUUGUUCUGCUCUUGGCGUGGGCUAAUGAACAUUUCUAUGGGAUUUUCAUGUGGAGAUGAUUUUGAUACGACGGAAAGCAAAGCUCCAUUGACAGAUGAGGAAAGUAGAGAGGCAAGACAGAGGAUUGGUAUGGAUUGGCACCAUCUUGGAGUUGAAGUCGACAUGGAAUUCUGGCCAGUAGAACACCCAAUGGAACCACCCGAUGAAGAUCGCCCCGUGAAAUGCCCAAUGCCUGACUCUUCUGUUAUCAAUGAUGGAGGAGUGAAUGAGAAAAGAUUUUCUGAAAGCAUGCGGAAGAGAACAGAAGUACCAAUAGUUGUAGAAGGACAAAGAAUGGUUGUCGCAAAUGCAGAGCCUCCUGUUCGAGCAGUGCGUAAAAGGCAUCACACUCUUACCCAUGGAGACCAUAUUAUAACCCCUCUAAUGAGAAUGCCACCUUUGCCUCCCCUCCCAACCCACAACAUUUCCAUCUUUCAAAUGCUCCAGCAGUUCGACAAGUUUGAGUCUUAAAAAGGUUCGAGUCUUUUCUCAUGUAAGUUCUUCUCAACCCAUUAGGAAGCGAUGAGAAAUUCAUCUUGAUUAUAACCAAUCGUGUAGCUGCUUUAGAACAAGAGAAAUCCUAGAUGUAGCAAUGACUUUGUAACUCUAAAGCUAUCUUCGAAUCGUAUUUUGUAUAUUAUCAUCAAAUCUUGUUGCAACUUAUAUUAUAAUAUGGCGAAGUCUUUAUUAUUAAA